CUUGGUGGCAUCUGGAAUGGAAAAGUUGCAGCAGACAUUUUCAUCAGCAUGUAUGCGUAAGGGAGAUCAAAUUUACUCAACUGAGCCCCGAAUUCCGCUUUUCAAGAUCACUGCAUCGCUCGCCCAUCCAGAAGUUGUAGUUCAGCCACCUGUGAAUGAAAUAACUAAGUUCUUGACAAGACUGGUCAGUACUACUCAGCACUUUAUAUCCUACUUUUUGUUGAUGGAUAGAUAGGGGACAAACGACAAGAAACUUCAAGAAAGGCGGAAAGGCAAUGACAGCAUUGACAAGUGCUGGUUAUGUUAUUUAUUUCAUGAUUAGUUCAUCAGAACAGACUGACUUUUACGUCAGUUACUAUCAUAGGUUUGCCUGUCAUUUCUGCCAGUCCUCCCUCUAAACUUGGCCUUUUCCGGUACACAUCAAAUUUAACCAGGCAUUAGCAGGACAUUUCAUCGACCAGUUGAAUGUGUCGUGUAUUUGUAACAUGCUACUGCUGGUGCAAGGAAAAUGAGCAAAGCGAGAUGACAGAAUCCAGAAAGCACAAUCACAAUGAAAGCCAGAUAGUCUCACUGUGUCCAGCGAGCAGCGUUACACCAAUAAUACACCAAUGAAGAAUUGUAGCACUGAAAGUGAAUGUCAAUGAGUGUUCACACUUGUCACCACCAACAUCAGAGUCGAGGCCCUUCCCCCUACUUGGCGCUCGGCGCCCAGACUGCUCCCUCACAGCUACUAUCCACCUACGAAUUGACAAUGCAACUGUUGAUGUCAGCAGCCGCCGAAGUACUUGAAGAUGUCGCCCAAUGCAGAUCAUCACCAAUACCAGGAGACGGAGGCCCAGGCCGACGCGUGCAACAGAAACCAAAGCGGGCCAAGGGCACCGUGGACCCGUCCGACGCGGCAAGUUGUGUCGUCUUCGGGAUCAUAGCCAAGGGCACCGUGAUGUACGUUCACCUUCGCGGAAAUCCGGCAUGUGUCGUCGGGAUCGCAUUGCUUGAAUGUAACUUUGAACUGCAUCGGCUUGUUGUCGUGCUUGCGAUGAGCGAGGACACGGUCGACCUCCUGGUGACCGUCCAUUAAAGGAGGGUCGUGGGACCGUCUGCCUGGAAAGUCCGUUUGUGAGGCUGGAGUGUAGACCGCCAGCUUC